AUGGCGCUUUUCUCUCGUCUGCUAAUGGCGACCUUGGGCGCGAUCGCCAUUGGCGAUGCGAACGUGAGCAGCAACAGCACUGCGAAUGUGACGAGCCCGCCGUUGAAUUCAACGCAGCCCAAGCAGACGGACUCCGGCCUCAAGGUCCGUCGCAUGGCCACGGUGACCAUCCUGCAUGUGAGCGACACCCAUUCGCUGCAUCGCUCGGCUGGCAAUUUGCCGGACGCCGACAUCUUCAUCCAUUCGGGGGACGUGGCCAAGGUGGGCUCCGAGGGGGAGCUCGGAGAUUUCAACCAAUGGCUGGGCACCAUCAAGCACAAGUACAAGCACAUGUUCGUCAUCCCCGGCAACCACGACUUCUGGGACACCAACUGGCGCAUCAAUCGCGGCGCGAUUUCGAUGAAUGCGGCCAGCGACCCGGCCUACUUCCAGUACAAGAUCACCAACGCCAAGGUGCUCAACCAUGAGCUGGCCGAGGUCAUGGGCGUGACGAUCUGGGGCGCCGGCUGGGCCCCGAAGCGCGGGGACUCGCAGCCGGGCAACGACUACCAGGACCUCCCCGCAGGCGUGGACAUCCUGGUGACGCACGAGGCCCCCUUUGGAAUUUUCGACCAGACCGGUGGUGGGAACUGGGGCUCCAGCCAGAACCUGUUGGGCGCCAUUUACCGCACCAAGCCCAAGGUGCACCUCUUCGGGCACAUCCACGAGCAGCGCGGGCACUGGGACAGGAAGGGCGGUGCCUACCAGGGGGGCGUGGAGUACCGGCCCAACCCCCACGUGACCCAGGUCUUCCGCCCCAACGGCCCGCCCCCGGCCAACUACCCGGUGGAGGUGGAGUCCAACAAUGCCAUGGCGAACCAGCCCACGGUGGACCACAGCUGGACAGGUUCGGACGGGGCCCACGCUCGAACCUCGAGGUCUCCGGUUACUCAGUGCUCGGUCUCCGAAUUUUGUCAGCCUGCCGGCCUGGUGCAGUUGGGCAGCUGUGGGCUUUGGCAGGAGGUGCUCGUCCAACUGGAAUCUUCGGGCAAGCGUGCCAACAUCGCUUUGUACACCGCCGCCAUCCAGGCCUUGUCACAGAGCCAGCAACGCCUGCGGGCCCUGGAGACCUUCGCAAGGCUCCGGCGCCGGAAACGCCUCCAGCUGGACGCCUUUGCCUUCGGCGCCGCCAUGGCGGCGGCGGAGAGCUGGGAGCGUGCCCAGGCGUAUCUCUGCCAGAUGGCGGACUUGACGCUGCAGGCCUCCGCCAUCUCUUACAACUCGGCCCUCAGCGGUUCCAGAUGGAUCCAUCGAUGGGCUUCGGCCUUGCAGCUGCUGCGUUUGGCGCGGUGCAGGGCUUGCGAGGUCAACGAGGUGACCAUCCACAGCCUCCUGGGCGUGGAAUGGCGCAGAGCGGGCGCUUUGCUGGACGCAAGCGCAGCCCAGCAGCUGCCAGCGCAGGUCAUCGGAUUGAACGCCCUGAUCAACGCCAUGAAGUACUGGCAGCGGAGCUGCGGCAUGCUGACCGCCAUGCGCUCCUCCAGGUUGGAGCCGAACAUCAUUAGCGCCAACUCUGCGGCUGCCAACUACGAGAGCUGGGAGGAUAUGUUGUCCCACGUGCGCACGCAGGCCGUCCGCGGGAUUGCGCCGGACCUGGUGACCCGCUACGCCAUGCAGCAGAGCCUCCGAUCUGCUGGCAGAUGGCAUGAGGCGAGCGGCGUGUUGAAUGCCAUGAGCGCCUCCGCGCUGCAAACUGGCAGUGCUGCCUACAACGCCGCCCUGGCCGCCUGCCAAAGUACGGCGGCUUGGGCCCAGGCAGUACGCUUGCAAGCCGCAGCUGCUGCAGAGAACCUGCGCUGCACGGCCUUGGGUACCUGGGAGCAAAGCUUGCAGCGCCUGGAGGAGGCAAAGCGCUGCGGUCUGCGCACGGCGCCGCGGCUGGCCAGCAAGGCUGCGAGCAGUUGCGUGCAGCAAGGGCGGUGGCUGCAAGAGAUGAGCUGGCUGGCGUGCCUGCGCCAGCGGCUGCUCGCCGUGGACGUUUUGUCGAUGGGCUGCGCGGUGGCGGCCCAGUGGCGUCGAGCCCUUGAGACGCUGCUGGUGGGCGCCAGGCGUGGCGUGGAGGUGGACAUUCUAGCGCUGGGUGGUGCGGUGGAUGCCUGCGACAAGGCGGGUGCGUGGACAGCCGCACUGGGGACCCUGUCCACGGCAAAGUCUGCGGCGCAAGCACUGGACUUGACAGUGCUGAACUCUGUCCUUUCAGCGCUGGGGACUGCAAAACGUUGGGCGCAGCUGUGCCAGCUGUUGGACACUGCAAGCAGGUGUGGGCCUGGGCUGUGGGAUUUGGUGUCCUACACCGCUGCUGUGACGGCCUGCGGUCUGGCAGCUCCUUUGCAGGCGGUGGCUCUCUUCGAGGCGUCGGUGGGCAGGCGUCUGCAGCCGGACCUGGCGCUGCAGGCGGCGGCCUGCGCGCCCCUGGUUGCGGCGCAAAGGGCCGAAGACCUCGCCCGGCUCCUGCCGCGUCUGGACGCCCGCGCAGCGCAGGAUGGGAGCCUUGCGAGCUGCUCCCGGCUCUACAUCAGGUGGCCGUGA